AUGUUUCGAGCUAUCCCUUGUUUAAGCUGCAGCUUUAACCUUCAUCUCGGAUGUGCUUCAUUAACUCCUUUACCACACACCAUGGAAGUUCAGAUUCAUGAUCAUUCAUUGACCCUCUUACGGAAGUUAAUCACGUUCACUUGUGAUGCUUGUGGCAAAGAAGGCAAGGACACGCCCUACUUAUGUCUCACAUGCGCAUUUUGUGUUCAUCCAAUAUGUGCUUCUUUACAUCGCACUGUCAAACAUAAGAAAAUUAUGGGAGAAGAAGGAAUUGAAAUAACUACAGAAAUUAAACAUUUUAGUCAACAUGAAUUAACACUCACCCACGAGCUAAAAAAUAGCGACAAGUGUGAUGCGUGCAAAAGGCCCAUAUUGACUCCAUUUUAUAAUUGUACGCAAUGUCGUUUCGUUCUUCACAAAUUCUGUGCUGAAUUACCCAGAAAGAAGUGGCACCCUCUUCAUCAACACCUACUCACACUUUCUAAGAAUCCUUAUGGUAGUGAUAUCGGUGUCGCUUGUAGUGCCUGUACUCGUUCCGACAUUAACUUCUCAUAUAAUUGUUACAAAUGCGGCUUUGACCUUGAUGUCAACUGUAGUUUGACCUCAGAUAGGCUGACCCGUGAUGGUCAUGAGCACCCCCUUAUCCUCUCCAGUGCAACAAGAAGCGGGAAAUGUAGUGUUUGUGAUUCCGAAGGUUAUGUAUUCCGCUGGCUGAUUGUGCAUUUGCUCUAG